GCAGGGUAUAUAGACCCAGCUGCUGAUCCUAGGGCACAGACACCCAGGCAGAGAAGAAGGAGACACUUCAGGAAGACCUGAUCUUCAGCAGAGCCCCCCAGGCUUCUUAGAAUGAAAACUGCAAACGUUGACCUCAGUAUGAAACAGUUUCAAGAAUUGCUGUAUUGCUUCCUACUAAUAAAGUCACCAUGUGGAUGAUGAAGAUUUUGGCCCUUGGCUUCCUGCUUGCAGUUGAUGCAGGAGUGGACAAGAAGGCAGUUGAGAGGAAGGCAGCUGAGAAGAAGGCAGCUGAGAAGAAAGAAACCCAAGAUGCGCCUGUUGACAGGAAGAUUAGUGAGCAGGCAAACACCCUGGCUGACAGAAGUGCAGGUCUUGCUUUCAAUCUCUAUCACACAAUGGCUAAGGACAAGAGCAUUGAAAAUAUCCUUCUCUCACCAGUGGUCGUAGCUUCUUCUCUCGGUCUGGUGAACCUUGGUGGUAAGGCCAGUACAGCUGCUCAAGCUAAGGCUGUCCUGAGUGUUGACAAGCUAAGUGAUGACCACAUCAACUCUGGGCUGGCCGAGCUUCUGAAUGAGGUCAGCAACUCUACUGCCCGCAAUGUCACUUGGAAGAUUGGAAAUCGACUCUAUGGCCCAAGCUCCAUCAGCUUCUCUGAUGACUUUGUUAAGACCAGCAAGAAGCACUACAACUAUGAGCAUUCCAAGAUCAACUUCCGAGACAAGAGAAGUGCCUUGAAAUCCAUCAAUGAAUGGGCUGCCCAGACCACUGAUGGAAAACUCCCUGAGGUGACCAGUGAUGUGGAGAAUACAGAUGGAGCCCUCAUUGUUAAUGCUAUGUUUUUUAAACCUCAUUGGGAUGAGAGAUUCCAUCACAAAAUGGUUGAUGACCGUGUCUUCAUGGUGACCCGUUCCUUUACCAUAUCAGUUCCCAUGAUGCACCGCACAGGUCUGUACAAUUACUAUGAAGAUGAGACCAAUAACCUUCAAAUUCUGGAGAUGCCCCUUGCCCACAAACUCUCCAGCAUGAUUUUCAUUAUGCCGUACCAUGUGGAGCCUUUGGAAAGGGUGGAGAAACUCCUGACAAGAGAACAGGUGAAGACUUGGCUUUCAAAACUACAGAAGAAGGCAACUGCUGUAUCUCUGCCUAAAGUCAGCCUGGAAGUCAGCCACAACCUUCAGAAACACCUGGGUGACCUUGGUUUGACAGAAGCUAUUGACAAAACCAAAGCUGAUCUUUCCAAAAUCUCCGGCAAGAAGGACCUUUAUCUGGCCAGCUUGCUUCAUGCUGCCGCCCUAGAGUGGGACACAGAUGGAAACCCAUUUGAUGCAGAUAUCUACAGCAGAGAAGAGAUGAGAUCACCUAAGCUUUUCUAUGCUGACCAUCCUUUUGUUUUCCUUAUUAAGGACAACAAGACAGACUCCAUCCUCUUUAUUGGACGAUUAGUGAGGCCAAAGGGUGACAAAAUGCGUGAUGAAUUAUAGUUCCAAAUAGGCACAGGGCAAGUGGGAUGGGUAGUCUAAACCUCCUUAUUUUUUAUUUUCUUUUAAGAAGGUGCUUAAUGGAUCAAAAUACAUCUUGGCAUUAUACAUCAAUCCAUUUUACCUCAUCAGAGCAUUCCACCAAAGCAAAGUCAUCUCUCCUGUAGGUUAGUAUUAAAGGCCUCUUGGCUGACCUAAACAUACUUGUUCUGGUCUAGUGCAUUAAUGAGCUACCAAACUCACAAUUAAGUUGUAUAUAAUGAUAUUUAUAAAUGAAUAUAUAUUCACAGGGCCUGAUUUACACCAGCAGUACAAUUUCUUAACCUUUUUGCCUUAAGACAAAGGUGAAAUAUUUUAGAUAAAUAGUCCUUUUUCUGACAGUCUUCUAAAGACCAUUUUCUUAAUAUAAACAAAAAUAUAAUAUUUACCAAUGAGCUCCCACAACAAAUAAGUCAGACUAGAACAUAGGACAGACAGGAGAACCUUUAAUUUUCUGCCUUGGACAUGCUUUCAUUUACUGAAAGCUGGCUCUUCUCUCUUUUAUGAGGGGUAUAUUCUGUUUUGUUUUUAGGUUGAAUUUUCCAGAAUGCAAAUGUAAGAAUAUUACCAAUAUCUGACUAAACUAUGCAAAAACACUAAUGGCACUAGGGGUAGUGCCAAUGAACAUUCUGAGUAAGUGUGUGAAGGGAUGUACGUAUUUUAAAAAAAUAAUACAAAAAUGUAUUAAAAAAUCUAACAAGGGGAUUUUGAGUUACUUUCACCAUGUGGAUUCACAAAAUCUUUAUUUUGUAAAAGUUACAAGUUGUUUGAGAGAAAUGUAUGGGUGUUUUUUGAAUUUUGCAAUAAACCUGUUAAAGAAAAAAAAAAAA